ACAUUGUGGCUGUCGGCAGACUGCAUCGCCACGGCCGUGUCAUGCGAAAUUCCGCCGACUCGCUCGCGGAGGACGACGACAGCUGGCUGGACGAGCAACCCGAGCGCCUGCAAGCGGAGCUGGAGCGGCGGCAGGCAGAGCUGCAGGAGCACGUGGCGCGUCGGACAGGCCAGGGGCAAGAUGAGGGCGAGGCGGCCGGCGCAGUAGCGGCAGCGCCCCAGCCCGUACAUGAGGUGGACGCGGAGGACAUUGCGUCCAAGUUGCGCGGCUUCAUGGAGCAGCUGUCGGGGCUGGAGGGCGCCGAGGUGCGGGAGCAGCUCCAAGAGGAGGACGAGCAAGUGGGCCCUGAAGAUGCCCCGGCCACAACAUCACCCGCAGUGGCAAGAGCAACAGCAACAGCGACUACUACUGCUCCUAGUGGCGGCGCUGGCGCCAUGAGCAGGGGCGAGGGGCAGGCGCAAGCCAAAGGCAGGCGGCGCGGUGAGCGUGCUGACGGUGGCGACGGGGUGGCUUUUGAUGCGGCGCGUUUCCUGAGGGAGCUGCAGCAGGUGCUGGGGCAGGCGGCGGCGGCGGCGGGGCAAGGAGCUGGCGAUGGAGAUGAGGAGGGCGAGGACGAGAGUGAAGGCGAGGGAGAGUCGUCAGGGGACGAGGGCUCAUCCUUCUUCUCGGAUGAUGACAUGGAUGAUGGCGAGGAGGCAGAGGAGGACGGCGAGGAAGGUGAGGAGGAGCAGGAGGACGACUUCCCAGCGGAGGCACAGCCGGCGACUUCACGGCGGCCACAUGCAGCACAGACAGGCGGCGCCUCAGCCAGUGGCAGCGGCGCCUCUGCAGCGGCCUCGCCCGCAACGCAUGCCAACCGCCUGGCCACUGGCACAGCAGCUGCAGGCGCUGCCACGUCUUCAUCGAAGCCUCUGCUGAAACGGGGCUUUCUAUCUGGGCCAGGGAGCGCCGGUGGUGUGCCAGCAGAGGCAGGUGGCACACCCAGCGCGAGCGGCGGAGCGGCGGCCACCGCCGCCGCUCGCACGCCUGCUGCACAUCGGGCACAGCCGCAGCGGCGGCAGCCGGGCCUGAGCUGGGAGGUGGACACCGCAACUGACAGCGAUGACGACGACGAGGACCGGACGGAUGGCGACGAGGACGGGGAGGACGAAGAGGAGGUGGACGCCACCGCGCAGCUGAUGGCGGCUCUGGGCGUGGAGGACGAGCUCGAGGCGGAGGCAGCAGGCGGGCCGGCGGCAGCGGCACGUCGCGAUAAGUCUGCCGCAGCGAGAGCUCACCGCAGUGGGGGCGCGCCAAGCGCCGCCAUGGCCUCCACCACCACCACCGCAGCCGCCACCUCCAGGUCAAAGCCGUCCAGGGGCCCACGGGACGACGGCUUCAACCAGCUGUACGACAUGGCGUUGCAGGCCGAGCUGGCGGGCACCACCCUGGCACACAGCUUCCAGGAGAGCGGGGCGGCGCCGCCGCCGCCCAGUGCCGGUGCUGGCCCGGCGGCGGGCCAUGGGCCCGCAUCUACAGGUGGCCGGGGGCCUCAGGCCGUGGCGGAGGAGGCCCUGGCCCCUGUGGACCUAGACAUGAACCUGGUCCGCAACCUGCUGCGCUCCUACACGGCGCAGCAGGGCACCGCUGGUCCGGCCGGCAACAUCGCCGCCAUGCUGGGCAUGUCGCUGCCGGCCGGCGACAUAGAAUGAGGAUUUGAGUUUCGAAGGUGUGGGAUGCUCAGGGAGGUAGUGUGGGGAAGGGGAGGCGGUUGUGCGUGUGGGCACAGCCUACCGCGUGCGGUGUGUGCAGGUGCGCAACGGGACUGGACGGGCGCGGAGGGUGUUGCACGAUUGGUCAUCACGGCGGGCCAUGUGUUUAUAUUAAAUACAACUUGAUACAUCAAAGCGCUGGCGCACAGGCAAGACAGACCGCAACGUCCGGCAUUAUCAUAACAACGCGCGAAAUGCUCGACGUGCA